AUUCGCAACUCCAAUAUCGUUGUAUUUAGAAGAAAAAUAAGGUUGGCGAAAAAAAAAAAAAAAAAAAAAGGAACCCACCAAAAAAGAGCUGAAAGAAAAAGCCUACAAACAAUAAGACCAACCUUAUUUCCCGCCAAACAUUGCCAUGUCUGUGAAGAUGUCGGAGCAUCCAUUCCAUGCCCUGUUUCAAACUUUUUCAAAAGUCUCCAAUUCGAUUCAAACCCAACUCUAUAAUCUCAUAGCCCAACCUCACAAGCCAUCACCCAACGCCCAAAAAAGCCUUCUCUCCACCUCUUCCUCCUCCUCCUCCAGAGUGGUAGCCUGGUCAGACAAUGGCUCCGCCGAUCAUCCCGAAGCCAAAGACAUCCUCAGCACGAAAAAGGUAAAAUCUGCUGCUCCUUUGACGAAAGAAGAGCUUGGAAGAUCUACUUGGACUUUUCUUCACACUCUUGCUGCUCAGUAUCCAGAUAAACCGACAAGGCAACAGAAGAAGGAUGUAAAGGAAUUGAUGUCAAUAUUAUCACGAAUGUACCCCUGCAAGGAAUGUGCAGAUCACUUUCAAGAAAUUCUGAGGUUCACAAUUUCAUCUUUUACUCAUCAUCUUCGUUCUUCUCUAGUGUCCCGUAGUUCUCAACGUCAUAGGGUAAUUUCGUAUCAAAUAUCUAAAUAUCAAAUCCUGUACAGGCUGGAUCACAUGCCGAGUUCUCCCAAUGGCUAUGUCAUGUGCAUAAUACGGUUAACAGAAGCGUUAACAAACCGAUUUUCCCCUGUGAACGAGUUGAUGCACGGUGGGGCAAGUUAGAGUGCGAACGGCGUGCUUGCGAUCUGUUAGGAAUUACCGGAAGUUUUGGUGACAACACAUAUUAUUAAGUACUUUCUGGAGUAGAUUUGAAUGAUUAGGGUUGAUGCUAUUCUUGCAGAAAUCAUUGAUUGUAAUCAACUUUCGUAUAAAGAAUUUCAUGAUUUGCAGAUAAUUUUUAUAUUGAUAUUCAUAAGCAAAAUCCUUCCUGCUA